AACAUGUGUACAAACAACCAAAUUGAAAAAAUGACUUUUUAAACAAAAAUUUCUUAGCACCUAAAUUUCUUGCAUCAUUGUUUCAUCCUGCUAUGGAGUUAGAAAGUGUAUUUCUUUCAUAUAUCCGUCACAUAUUUAGUAAAUGGACUGGAUUUCAAGCUGCUAUUGAUGAAGGGAUGGGUGGUCCCUAUGCUCGAGAAAAAGAAAUAUGGAUUGCUGAAGAAGUGGAAAACUACUUUAAACGUUAUGAUGAUACAAAACCGGAAGACAUUGUAGAAUACCUUGGUACAAUGAUUGAAAAUGAGUUUGAAACAUAUUUUGAAGAUGGCAGCUUAGAUCAGAUUUCAGAAAAUUUCUGUCGAGCCUAUCGACUGUUUACAACAAAUCCAAAUGCCGAGAUGUUUCAAGAAAGUAAUAAAGCUGCGAGAACAAGAAAUUCUCAAGAACGACAUGAAACACGCAAGACUGUUGAGGCUGCGGGGAAUUCUGUGGAAGAAAAAAUGCACCAGUUAUCCAUGAAUGACUCAGGAACAGACAUGAAACUUGUUGCAGAGAACAGUUUUGAAAAUUCUGAUACCGAAAAUGUUUUAAAUGGGGACAUUAAAAAUGAUGGCUGGACAAUUAUAGGAAAGAAAGGGAAAAGAACUAAAUAGAAAAAAAUCACCUGAAGUCAUAAACUCAUUGUAAGUUCUGUUUGACGCAUUUGUGUACAUUAAAAUUGAAGUAUAAAUAAAAGAUGUUUUA